AUGGCGGCGGGUGAGGCCGGGCGCGGGGUCCCCCAGCCUCCCCGCUGUGCCACCAUCAGUCCCUCUUUGCGGGGCCGCCCUGUGACAUCCCUCUUGGCACCUGGCACCAGCCGACAAUUGCCUUCCUUAUUUGGGGCGAGUUUCCUCUCUGGCCAGCCUGGUCUGCACCCUGCGCGCUCACCCACCCCCCGGGCGCCCUGGGGGGUUCAGGCCCCAGCCCCUGCCCUCCCUGCCCGCAGGUACUACCGCAUCGCCGCCUUCGGCCACCACGCCUACCGCAUGCGGGCGACCGACGUGCUGUACGACUGCCUGCCCCUGUACCACUCGGCAGGGAAUAUCAUGGGCGUGGGGCAGUGCCUCCUCUACGGGCAGACCGUCGUCCUCCGCAAGAAGUUCUCGGCCAGCCGCUUCUGGGACGACUGCGUCAAGUACAACUGCACGGUGAGGCCCCGCCCCUGACCGCCGGGCCCCGCCCCUGACUGCCGGGCCACGCCCCUGUCCCAGGCCACGCCCCUGACUGCAGGAUCACGCCCAUGCCCGCUGGGCCACACCCCUGACCGCCAGGCCAUGCCCCUGUCCCAGGCCACGCCCCUGACUGCAGGAUCACGCCCAUGCCCGCUGGGCCACACCCCUGACCGCCAGGCCACGCCCCUGACCGCCGGGCCCCGCCCCUGACUGCGGGGUCAUGCCCCUGUCCCAGGCCACGCCCCUGACUGCAGGAUCACGCCCAUGCCGGCCGGGCCACACCCCUGUCCCAGGCCACGCCCCUGACCGCCAGGCCACGCCCCUGACCGCCGGGCCACGCCCCUGUCCCAGGCCACGCGCCUGUCCACCAGGCCCGCCCCUGUCUGCCAAGCCACGCUCCUGACCGCCGGGUCACGCCCCUGACCUCCAGGC